GCAGGAAGCACUUGUGGCUCCGGCCAGCCCCUCACACACCAGAUGUUAGUGCAAAGCUGAUCCUGAUGGUGCCCAAGGGAAGUGUGGCUCCUUCCCAAGCCUCGUCCAGCAGCCACCUGCACCUCACUGGGGUCCUGGGCUUGCUCUCCUCCUGCUGCUGCUGAGGCUGUGGGGGAGAAUUAGGACUCCCAUCACUGCCCCACCCAAAACCUGCAUCCCUCCCACUGGGAUGGAUGCUGGAGCUGAGCUCUUCAGGUGAGCACUGAGGACACAGCGGGUGGACAAACCUCCAGGGCAUUCCUGCACUUUAGUGCCCAUGUUCUUUGUGUCUAGAUGUUGCCUCCAUGCAGACAGAACACCCUGCUGACACUGAUUUCCGCCUCUGCUAGAAAUGAGAAGUGCUGGAGGAGAGGAGGAGGGCACACAGGCUGCUCCCACAUGUCCCAUCUCUGCUUGCUCACGGCAGAAAAUCCUUUCACCUGCCAGCAGCUGUCAUUACACAAGGCAACACUGGAUAUUUUUUGACCCUGAAAAUGAGCUUUAGGAGGAUUUUCCUAGUCAAGUGCUUGCUGCUUUUAUUUCCCAGUGUAAAAUGCUCCAGCAGCAGCUGGGUUUACAGGGCAGUGAACGACACAGCUCUCCUCAGCCCCGCUGCUGCCCUGCUCCCGGAGAGCACGGACCAGGUGACCUGGAGCCGAGGCAGGCAGAGGCUGGUUCAGCUCAGAGGGAGCAGCACGAAGCACUUUGUGAACAAGGAGCAGUGCAGGUGUGCCAUGCUCCACAACAGGACCCUGCAGAUCCGGCGCCUGCAGGCAGAGGACAGCGGCACCUACACAGUGAUGGCUUAUCUCCAGGGGAAACUGCAGGCAGAGGAAAACAUAACCUUAUUUGUUCAGGAACCUGUACCUCAGCCAAUCCUCAUCUCUAAGUGUGGGAAUAAAAACAUAUCUGUCAAGUGUGAAGCAAAACAGAAGGCUAAGGAUGAAGCAUUUCUAAUAGAACUGAUUCAACCCAAUGGCAAAAAAAUCCAAAAGAAUGCAACAAUGCUGGAGUGGCAUGGGUGGAAUCCUGGGACAUUCAGAUGUGUUGCUAAGAACAAAGUCAGUGAAAAAAUGGCUGAAAAAGUAAUCAAGUGCCCAGGCAAGAUGGACUUUUAUCUCAUCUUAAGCAUAGCAGGAGGUGCAGUCUUCUUUGUCAUCUUUGUGAUUUGCCUUGUUUAUUGUAUCAGAAGGAAGAAAACAAAAAGGCGUGAAGUUUAUGACGAGGAGCGAGCCAUGCACAGCCUGCCCAUGGACAGCAAGAGGGGGACGCGGGAGCUGCCGCAGACCCCACCCAAGGCCACCCCAAAGCAGCUGAGGGUGCAGCAGCGGCCGCUGCCCCCGCAGCCCCUGGAGCAGCCGCUGCCCCCACGGCCCCAGCCGCGGCCCCGCGCCCAGCCACGCACCCCAAACCUGCCCAGAGAGCGGCCCUGAGCGCCCAGCCUGCUCCCUCUGCUCCACCACUCCCUGGGGAAAGGAGGGCUGAGCCCCUCCUGCCCAGCCCUGCAACGCUCAGCUAUGGAAAGGCAGCUUUCAGUGCAGAAAAUUACAGAGAGCGUCAAACGGUGAUGAGACGACUCAAGGUGAUGGGCAUCCAUCCCUGUGGCCACUUUUCUGUGGGUGCCUUCACGUCAGGGUAUGGAUAUGGAGCACUGUGCCUUUCUGUGGUUCACUUGUUUUCACUGCACCUUGUUUUCUUCCUGCUUUUUGGAUGGUUUUCACCAAGAAGAAGGUAAAGCUCUACUGAGGCAAAAUGGACCCAUGGAUCUUACAGAGUUUUGUCUCCUGCUACACGUUAGGACAGCUCUCUGGCUUCAGCAUCAAACACAUGGCCUCCUGGACCAAAAAAAAUAGUUGUAUGCAAUUAAAUAUUUGUCUGAAGUUGAAAGGAUUUGUGUUGUACAUUGCAGAGAAGAAAAUACUGAAAGGACGUGUGAGAGCCUUGAAGCACCUGUGUUGGAUAAACACAAAUGGGAAAGGGAUAAACUUUUCCCUUUCUCCACUGUGUUUAAAAAAGGAACUGAGCUUGAAUUGCAGCA